GAUGUUUAUGCUCGAAGUAUCGAGCCGCGCGCAUCGAGCUACGUUGGUCACGAGGUAUUGGAAAAUCGAUAGAAAGCUGACUGACGCCAGCGGCGGCGACGUCGGCGGUAGCGUCGUAGUUGGAGUUGCUGCUGGUGGUGCUGGUGGCAGCGGCGGCGGCGGCGGCGGUGGCGGCGGGGUGGUUGUUGCAGUGGUAGUAGUGGUAGUAUUCGUCGUCGUCGUCGUGACGGUGGUGGGCGGUGGGUGUCCGUGUCACCCACACACCCUUAGUGGCGCGCCGUUGAUGGUGGUGGCGGCGGCGGCUUAGCCGGCAGGAGUGCGACCGGCAAGGGGUCGCUCCUGUCACUUAACGUUCCGUACGUACCAAGUUGUCGUCGUCGCACCCUCGCAAUCUCUCUGAUCAGCCGGGCGAAAAAGAGACACGACACGAUCGCGCGAGUUGAAUCGUCGCGAGCUGUCUUCCCUAAAAAAGUGACCGUCCCUCACCCGUCCGCGGAAGUUACGUUGGUCUCGCGCGCGCGAAUAAGAAAGCAAGAUUCUCUCAUCCGCCGAUUCUUCCGGCACCGUCACCGCACAGGGUCGCCCCUUUCACGUGGACGUGGGGAGAGAAAAGGCGCGAACCGGACCACUGCGCAGGUACUACGACGGUAACGGUUCCGUUGACGGUGUGCUGGUGUAGUGAUAGUGACAGUGUUGGUGUAGUGUGUAAGCGAACGCGGCUCCCCUCCGCGAACGAGCGAACGGACGAACAAACUGACACGUGGCGGGGACAGGGGGAGGAGGAGGAAGAAGAGAAGGAGGAGGAGGAGGAAGAGGAGGACGGAGACGUGGUCGCACCUGGACCAGGCGAGGAACUCGCGGCACGCGACAUGAAGAAGCGCGCGAGCGGAAUAGCGGCGUAGUGUGACAUGGUGGUAGUGGUGUAACAGGGUAGUAGAACGGACCAGGUGGCAGAGCGGUAUGCCGGUAGUGUGACUCGGAACACCCGAGGUAGGGACCGUUAAGGGGAAGGGGGCGGAGCGGAACAAGUCCCCGAUAGACGGAACGCGACGGAACGGAGACAGCGGUGCGAGACAGAGUGCGGUGAAAUCGACCCCCUUCGCGCCACUACGUCUCGUAUUCUGGGCCCGCCUGUGCCCGCUCUCUCUUUUUCUCUCUCUGGCUCUUGUUCUCACUCUCACUCUCACUCCGUUUCUUCUCUCCUCGUCUCUUCCACCGGGAAGAGCCGGUGCCGGGUGCGCUCGCACUCGGGCGCGCGAGCGCAGAGAGCGUGCGCUCUCACUCGCUCCGCACUCGCGCGGUGUCAUGGGCACACGGUGGUCGUUGCGUUACCACCGGGUGCUCCCUAUGCGACGGUGGAGAAUCAACAGCAUCAACAUCAUCGUCGUCGACGUCAUCGUCGUCGUCAUUGUCAUCGUCGUCAUCGUCCGCUUACGCGCUGUAUUCGCGAGGUAGUUGCCGAGGGGGUUGUACACGUUGGGGUGAUCGGUUCGUGAUCGUGCGGUAAUCAGUGCAGCGGAGAUCAACGAGAUCAGUGAUCAGGGAGAAUCAAAUUUCGAAAUCCUCUCGUAAACGGAGAGAACAGAAAGAGAGAUAGAGAGAGAGAGAGAGUAGCGAGUACUUCUCGCGUGAGAAAAAAAUAAAACUACUGAAACGUGCGAGUACACACGCGCGCGCGCGCGCGCGCGCAUACACGCGGAGUGGUGUUACGGAGUGCGGUUACUGUCUGUGCGACACGCGGUGCGACGGAGUGUCGUCGUCGGCGGCGUACGACAGCGAAGGAGCGAGUGGCAGUGCGCCCACUACCGAACUAGAUGUGCGUAAAUGGAAGGUAUAGGGGACAUAGGCGAUCAUCAAUCGCAUAGCGAGCAAUUACUGGACUCGGUCGAUUCCCCGGCGGCGGUGUCUACGCAUGGCCGGGGCGGUGGGGGCGGCUCGAAUGGGAACUGUGGCGGAGAAGGCGGUGGCGCAGGAGGAGGAGGAGGAGGAGGAGGAGGAAGUGGCAGCGGAGGUAGGGGUAGCGUGGUCGGUGGGGGUAGGCAUCACAACCACCACCACCAUCAUCAUCACCAUCACAGUCACCACCACCACCAUCAACAGCAGCACGAGGUCGUGCACGAAAUGGCAGGGGGUGGUAGGAGCGGUAGAGGCGGCGGCGGCGGUGGCGGUGGUGGUGGUGGUGGCGGCGGCGGCGGCGUCGGCGUCAGCGGCGGCGGCGGCGGCAGCGGCGGAGGUGGUGGUGGUGGCGGUAGUGGAAACGGGGGUGGUGGUGGUAACGGAGGAGGUAGCGUCGAGGGUAUGUCUUCGUCGGCCUCUCAAAGCCCCGACAUCGCGUGCGCGAGCCUACCGCUGGAACUGCUCGCGGCUGGCGCGCUCGGCGUCAAGGAGGAGCGAGACCUCGCCGCCGCGGAGGAUCUGUCGUCGUCCCAGGAUCCGCCGAGCGUCGGCGGUGGUGGUGGCGGUGAUAGUGGCGGCGGCGGCGGCGGCGGCGGAAUCGGCGGAGGUAACGGUGACGGUGGCGGAGGCGGCGGCGGUAGCAGCGGCGGCGGACGCGCCGUCGGUGGCGGCAACGGCAACGGCAACGGCAACGGCAACAGCGGUGGUAACGGCGGCGGCAGUGGCGGCGGCAGCGGCGGCGGCGGUAGUGGCAGUGGUGGUAGUAGUAGUAGUGGCGGCGGUGGCAGGCAGAGCGCGCGGGAGUCCCUGUCGGUGAUCGUGCCGCCUCAGGACGUGGACGUGGACUCGCGCGACGCCGACGACUCGGAGCUCCUCAGUCCGGGCAAGCUAACGCCUACGUCGGGGAUCAGCGUGUCGGUCGCGAGCAUGAUCGACGCGACGGACUUCAGGGCGAUGCAGCCGGAGCCGACGUAUCAGACACUGACCUCGGUGGCCGAGAGGAUGUCGCCGCCCGGCUUCAGUCCCGGCUCGUCGUACGCCACGCUGACGCCGCUGCAGCCGUUACCGCCGAUCUCAACGAUGAGCGACAAGUUCGUUUACGGCGGUCACGCGGCCGGCGGCGUCACCGGCAGUUUCGCCGUAAUGCAGAACAACGGCCUGGGUAACAUCGGCCUCGGUAUGGGCGGCUCGCCGUACGCGUACGACAAGCUACCUACGAUGGGCAUGUCGCCGUCGCACAAUUAUCCGUCGCCGGGCGCGGGACUGCAACCGAGCCCGCUCUCGCCGCAGAGCGCGUACAGUCAGAGCGGCCUCAACUCGCCGCACAAGUCGUCCGCGAGUCCGCAUUACGACCCGGCUUUUUUGCCGCGAUUACAGCAAAGCCCGGCGGCGCUUAGCCCGUCCUCGCCGCCGGCCGUUUCGGCCACGGCGAGUUUCGCGCCAUCGCAUCAUUCCCCGCCCGGCACGCAUUCGGUGCCGAGCGCGGCAUCGCCGCCACCAACCAUGCAGACGCAACUGCAACAGCAGCAGCAGCAGCAGCAACAGCAGCAGCAGCAGCAGCAACAACAGCAGCAGCAGCAACAACAGCAACAGCAGCAGCAGCAGCAGCAGACGAUGUCGCAGCAGCAGCAGACGAUAUCGCACACGCAGCACGUGCAACACACGUCGGUGGUGAUGAAGACGGUGUCGGCGGCGGGCAACGGCGGCGCCGGCGAGGUCGAGGAGAUCAACACGAAGGAGCUCGCGCAGCGUAUCAGCGCCGAGCUCAAGAGGUACAGCAUACCGCAGGCGAUUUUCGCGCAGCGGGUGCUGUGCCGCAGCCAGGGCACCCUCAGCGACCUGCUGCGCAAUCCGAAGCCCUGGUCCAAGCUCAAGAGCGGCCGCGAAACCUUCCGGCGGAUGUGGAAGUGGCUGCAGGAGCCUGAGUUUCAGAGAAUGGCCUUGCGGCUAGCAGCCCUGAGCAACUGCUCUGAGAGCGGAGGCGAGCCGGACGCCAUGCUGGACAUGCACCACCCAGGAACCGGGAUCGACUCGCACCAUCCGCAGUUUCACAACUCCUAUGCUGCACAGAUUCCACAACGCGGAACAUGCAAGAGGAAAGACGAGAUGGCGAACCAGGCAGAACACCAACAGCCCGCCCCCAAGAAACCGCGGCUGGUUUUCACAGACCUUCAGCGCCGUACUCUACAGGCUAUUUUUAAAGAGACCAAGAGGCCGUCGAAGGAGAUGCAGGUGACAAUCGCGAGGCAACUGGGCCUGGAACCGACGACGGUCGGGAACUUCUUCAUGAACGCCCGACGUCGCUCCAUGGACAAAUGGAAGGACGAGGACCCGAAGGCGGUCGCGGUCGAGGAGGAACAAUUGUCGCCCACGAUAGGCAUCGGCCAGCGCCAGCCGAGCGACGUUUUGUGACACACGUCCGACCACGAGGAGUACCACGACGAGUCGGCCGACGAGGACCUGCCCUUCUCGUAAGGGCAGAGUAUCACCUCGUUGACGUACCCCUGCCGACACACGUUCCGAAUUUUCUUCGGCCGAUCUGUCGACGCACCUCGCGAAUUUAUCUUUACUUUCGGCGUCCUGCUGAUUACGUUUGGCGAUUCAAAAGUAACCGAGCAAAAAUCUUUAGAAUCACUUUGUUCAUUCGAUGCUUAAUUCACGAGACUUCAUCAAGCUUCUUGAUCGUUGAUAAACAAUCCAUUCAGGGCAAAGGUUAAAAAUUUUAACUCGAGAAACGUUUCAAGUAUUUAGAUAUAUUCCUGCGCAAACACCUGAGAGAUUAUUUACUUUAAAGUGACGUCGAAUUAUUAUCGUUUCGCGUGGGCGUCAGCAGUCGUUUCUUAAAGAUCGAACUGUGUCGAGCAGGAGCGUCCUAGCCGCUGAAUGCGAUCGAUCAUCACGACUCCUGCGAAGCGAUCCGAAUUAGAACCGCCGCAUCGUACGAUCUUGCGUUUCCCUUUCUUUAGCCUAGUGCGUCCCCGUACCGUUGUAUCACGAUCGACAGAUCGUUUCUACGUUUUGAGGCUUUCAAACCGAUGCUCGAGGUCGAUGAAACGGACGGAGUCGAUAUCCACGUGAGCAAGCUGAGGACGUUCAUGACUACAUGCAAUGAUUUUCUACUUGAUUUUUCACACCAGAGCUAUCUAUAUACAUAUAUAUUUAUUAUUCUCUCACACGCAAUUUGUCUCUCACAGAGUAAGCGAAGGGCGACAAGCCGUAAUUUUAAGAUUCGCGACUUGCGUACAACGAUAACGACUCCGUCGCUCGUAUCUCGACCUCCGGGGCACCUCGCAAACUUUCGUGCCAUAGUUUGCCAUAUUAGCGUAAGUUUAGCCGCGUAAACUCGGCGCCACGCGGCGUCCGAUUCUUAGCGUUUCUAGUCCACUGUAUUGAGUUCCAAAAGAGGGACCCGCCUUCUCGAGGCGGUCCCUCUCCUCUAGUCAAAAUUCAGAAGCGCGACUUCUGAAUUCGCCCUCGACCUUCGCCGAAAGCGAAGGGGGUUUCGCUCGCGUUUUUUCCUCGACUUUUUCGUUUUUUUCGCGUGGGUCGCGCGGCCGAAGUUUGAGCUUGUAAGCGCGUUUUUAGAGUUUUUAGCGAGGCUGUGUCGCCAACUCGGGCAACUCUCCAGCAGUGGCGCUAGCUUCUGGUGGAGGGAAUAAUUGUUGCUGGUCUUCGAGCUGGCGACACGGAACUCCGCCCGUCUCGGUUCCCGCGUUAGCUUGUAUUUUUACCCUUCCCCUUUUAAGAGAACAAUUGCUGCUCUAACAGCGGGACGGCGGAUAUCGCGAAGGCAAAUGUCGAAUAGCCGCACGGAAUUCUAAGCGCUCUGACAAUCGCGGGCGAGUAAAUACUUAGAAGAGCUCGUUUUCCACUUUUUCUUAAUCCUCGAGACUUAGCCCUCCCCCUCUCCCCCUCCCACCUUACGCCGCGUAAGUGCGGUUGCGAAAAGUUUGAAGGGUCUCCUCCGAUGCCCGAUCGAGAGAUACGUCACGAGUUAGAGCAGCGAUUGGAUCCUGACCGCGUGCGUUAACGCUUUCGUUCGAGAUUAAGUACAAUCCUUUUUUUUUUUUUUACUUUACAUCUUUUCACCUCGUUCAUAAACGAUCGGCGAUCUCCGAUGCCGCGCUGAAGGGGUGGUGUACUUAAAAUCGCGCCCUUACCCUCUUGUGCUCGUAUCUUCCUCGGUGAUUCGAAUCGAAGAAACCUGGGAAACGUGUCGAUAAUUCAGUUUGAAAUUGUAAAGUCGCAUAUCUAUCUCGACCCAAGGCAAGAGGAAGAGUGCGCGAUUUUUUACGCAGCCCGCACACGUGCGCGCGUUAAAGCGAACCGAGAGCCCCUCUCGAGGGAUUAAUCGGCGUUCCUUGACGAGUAUACACGGUUAGCGGUGGUGAGGUACGAUGAUCGCGCGCAAUCAGCGGCGCGCUAAAUGCGCGGCCGGGCUCGUCGUGUCCUCGUUGGUCAGACGAAACGUGAACCAAUUUUCAAAGUGGCUUCGUGUGAGGGUACACGUGCCAAGUGAUAUAUAUAUGUAUGUAUAAACAUGUAUAUCAGAGAGUGGACACUCUUUUGUGCGAACCGAUGGCGAGAGGGAGGUUUAGUGGGGAAAGGGAAGAACGGUAGGAGAGACAGAGAGAAAGAGAGAGAGAGAGAGCAAUUUUUAAAAUAGGUGGUUGCACCGCUGUGUACGAGAGAGACAGGGACAGAGAGAAUGAGCGAGAGCCUGCGAGAAAGCGAGAAAGAGAAACAGAGCGUGCGCGAGAGAACGAGCGAAAGAGAGAGAGAGAAAGAGAGACUUUAGCGAACCGCACUCGAUAUCGUACUGCAAUUGUGCUGUGCUAUUGUACAUACUUAAAAAAAAAAGAAGAAAGAGAACACACACACACACACACACACAUACACACGUACGUAUACAGAUAGACAUAACUACACACACGUAACACACUUUUAUUACGUAAGCGGCGGGCGGCGUUCGCUAAGCCGGGCGAAAACGAAUCGGUGUGACGUUUGAUUGCAGAAAAGUGCAUUCUAGCCGACUUGCACUUCGUCUGUGGCUCCUGCGUAGCGAGAAUUCUUUUGUGCUUCGACACACAACACACAUACACGUACAUACUUACACACACACACACACACACACACACACACGCACGCACACACACGCACGCACACAUACACACACACACACACACACACACACACACAUGUACCACGUCGACGCGACGUCGCGAUGUGGCGAGCGAUCGGUUCUGCGAGAUUUCGUUGGAACAUUUUAUAUCACGCCCUUCUAUUUUUUUUUUUUUUUUUUUGUGCGAUCGCAAGAGGAUCAUUUAUGCUAGUCGGAUUAAUCGUACAGAAUGAAUCGCGAAUGAACGCCGAGAUUCAAUCGGGGAUUGAUAAAACGAUCCAGGAGGAGUAUCGAGGGGACGAACUGAUUACGAAAAUAAAUUUAUUUCAUGUACGCGCUCUUGAUCGAUCCCAUGAUAAUUACAAUUCUCUUUUGCCAUUUUUCUUUUUUUUUUCGUCGAACGCUUGUAAUCCAGAGGGAAGGAGAAAGAUUGGAAGAAAUAUUUUUAUUAUUUCUCGAUAGCACAAAUUCUCAAAUAAACUGAAUAAAAAUGCAAAAUUCUUCGCGAUGAAAUUAAUCGAAAUUGAAGAAGUGUCGCAGCUCUCGAUACGCUCAGGAUCGGUUUUCUCGAGGAGCAAGAAAAGUUGCCGUCGUGCGAGUUUCACCGGGGUAUGCGAUCAUUCGUCCCGCGAACGUGGAACGUCUCCUUUUUCGCACGCGAACGCCCGUUCGACAUUCGUUCCGGCGAUGUUACCUACGGCAUGUUACUUAAUUUAUUUAUAUUUUAGAGUAGAAAGAGAGAGAGAGAGAAUGCGCGCGCGGCGCGUUUGAAGCGGCUUUCGGAAGCUACGACAUAAGCAGUUCGUCAUCGAGAGAAAGAGAAAAAGCGUGUAAUUUAUUGUGUAAUAUUUUGUAAAGUUAUAUCGAAUCCCCUUAGUGUGCAUGGCGACUCGAGGUAUGUUACCGCUUUCGUGCAACAACAGACAGCAACAAUCUCCUCUCUAAAGAAAUCCGAGUUUCACACCGAAUACACAUUUCUCCUUGACGUUGCACGUUAAUUGAUUAGCAUUUCUCGACGCUACUCUGCGAUUAUUUAUUAUUAAUUUAUCACAUACGACGUCUCAAAUAAACGGUCAUUCAAAGCGAGCAUCACGAUUCUAAGUGUGAUUUGGAGACUUGCGUGCUCCGUGCUGGAUUUAAUAAACCCAAAUUGGCGAAUCGGCUAGUCGGCUCGAAAAAGAGAGACGCAGAAGGGAAAGGUUCCCGCGUCCGCCUCCCGCUUCGAAGAAGUCUGAUGUGAAGGUGGUUGUCCCGAGUCGAGAGGGCGAGAGGAUGCGAGAUCCCUUCCGAGACGCAAAGAUAAAUCCACGGUACCAAGAGAGACGCGAGCGGCCUCCUCGGUCGUCGGUUUAAGAUCAUAUAUAGUACAAAGUAAACAUAUAUAUAUUAUUGUAAUAACAGUGUUUAAUUAUAUAUAAGAUAAUAUAUAUAUAUAAAUAUAAGAAAAAACGCGAGCGCGCGCGUGCGUGCAUCGCACUGUUUUUCGAGGAAGAAUGUUCAAAUAGGACUCUGUGUUAAAAAUCGUGGCGAGAGUGAGAAAAAGAGAGAAAGAGAGACGCGGGGUUAAGGAGGGUUCUAUCUGACGAGAUUGCCACUCACGUUGGAAACGAGUUGGGUUGUCACGUUGUCAACGACAAGGCGCAAGAAUUCCGACAGAUUUACCUCGCGGUCGGCAGCGAAGAGAAACGAGACGCGUGUUCCUUCAUCGUGGUCCCAGCAAUUCAGCGAGCUUGCGAUUUAUUCGUGAAUCAGCUAAUGGAAAUAACCGACUAUAAUUUAAUCUUGCAAUUCGGACGUCAGUACGGUUCUUGAUACCUUCCCGUACAGCACAGAAAGAUUGUAGCAACAUUGAAAAACAUUUUAUCGCAAGAUUGCCACAUCGCAACAAUAUUACAAAAUGUUGCUGCAAUGUUACAAUAUGUUUCUAAUAAUAUUUCAAGUAUCAUAUUAAUAUAUAUUUUGGAACAUAUAGCUUUCAGAAAAUAUCGUACACUGUUAAAUAUUAAAGAAUGGAGUUUGAACUAAUUUCUUGAGUUAAACAAUAUUUUGUUAUUUUUAACUUCUAUGUGUGUCGAAAUUUAUUAGGUUGACACGAAAUAUGUAGUUAAAGAAACAACUUUAAUCUAAUCAACCCAUUUCUGUGAUCAGAUUGCUUGAUUUCAAAAUAAGUAGUACCCAUAUUAACGUAAUGCACCCAGUAAAUAAUCAAUUAAAUUUGAAUCAAAUUUAACAUUUUUAUAGUUAACUAACUUGUUUAACUUUAUUACUUUAAUUUUAAUUGACGACAUAUUAAAUAAGAGCAACGGUGAUCUAUAAAAAUGAUUAAAAAUAACUUAAAUUAGAAUCCGAUACUACGAAUUUAACGGUCUAUGUCCCUAAAUUAAUUUAUAUAUAUGUACAAGAACUAACGGCACAGCAUAGAAAAAACAUUGCAAAAUAUUGCUGCAAUAUUUCAAAAACAUUGCAGCAAUGGUAAAAUGCUUUAGAAAUAUUUAUACAAUAUUACUUAUCAAUAUUUCUGAACUGGACAUUUCAUCGUUACUGCAAUAUUGCUGAAACAUUGUAGCAAUAUUUUACAAUAUUUUUGAUAUUUUUCAUUCAUUUUAUUAGAAUAAAAUGAAUAAAAAAUAUUAUAAUGCUACCAUGGCGAUGGCGCUCGCGGAUAAGACAUUCUUUUUCACAAUAUUUUUAAAGUGUCGCUGCAAUAUUGCAGAUAAAAAAUCUUUGCAAUGUCUCUGCAACAUUGCAUUGCAACGGUGCAGCAAUGUUGUUGCAAGCUUCUGUGCUGUAAGAGUUAACACCGGUAUCAAAAUCUUUCUAAGAAACUUUUGUAUUUAUCUUACUACGAUUUGUACAAUUCUCGCGAAACCUAUUGAUUGUCGGGGAGAAAAUUGCGAUUGUAUUGAUUUAAUGCCGAAACAAGGGAAACUGCGGCUUAUUAAUCUGCGAUGCGAAGACGAAAGCCAUUUGAUCUCGAAGACACGCGUGAACGCAUUAUUACGUGCACACACACACACACACACACACACACACACACACACACACACACACACAAGAGGGAUGCACAUACAUGGUGGACAGGCGAUGUAUGAUAUAAGGGUGUAAAUACAACUUUAGUCGCGAAAGGAAGAUUCAGUAUCGCUACGAUUGUCACAUCACGAUGAUUAUGUUAAUUGCUGCGCGACGACAGGCGUGUGUGCGCGCGCGAGGUGUUUUUGUUAUAUAAAAGAGAAGAAAUAAGACGACACGCGUCGGAUGCCGUAUUACUGAAGAAGAAAAAGGAAACAUAUUCACCAUAGAGGACAAAAGUGAGAGGGAAUAAAAAGCCAUAGAAAGAGGGACGAGAAGAGAGCGUAGGAUAUACAUAUAUAUAUAUAAAUAUAUAUAAAUUGAUAUACGAUAUAAAUAAACAUAAAUGCAAAUAUAAAUAUAAAUACAGAUAUAAAUAUAAUAUAAAUGCAAAUAUGAAUAUAAAUAUGGACAUAAGUAUAAAUAAAUUAUAUAUAUAUAUAUUAUAUAUAUACAUAUAUAUAUAAAAAAUACGGAUAUUAUUACCGCCGAUCACGGCGGACGGUGUUGAUCGUCGCGGAGGCGAUUAUCGAGCGAUCUUCGAGUCAAUUGAUCGAUCGAUCGAUAACGACUAUUGCGCAUCUUAAAUUUGAGCGUGAAAAUGAGAGUGAGAGAGAGAAAGAGAGAAAGAAAGAUUGCGAGAGAAAUUGCGAAAAAAAAGAAAGCGCGAAAGAAUAAAAUUCGAUGAUCUAUUUAUAUAUUGCGCUGAGAAGGGGCUCGUCUCGAUAGUUACAUCGUUACGUGACACAUAUCCAGUGGAUUAGAAACUAUCGACGACGACAACGUACAAUAUUAGGUGUCUAUAUCGAUCUAGUUUCCACCCCGCUCGCAGAGAAUUUUCACUUCGUUUUUCCACGGACAGGGGGUAAGAGAAUCGGCGGAGAGUGUGACAGAAUAAAAGGGAUACACGCAGAGGGAGAGAGAGAGAGACAGAAAAAAAAGAACAAAGAAGCAAGGAGGUCAGACGCGAUUUUUCUCGGGCAGGAGAAAAGUCUGUCGCUUUCGUCCGUUCGAGGCUAAAGGGGAUGACAACACGACUCUAAUUUUUCACUCUCAAGAACUUUCCCCCCCCCCGUAGAAUGAAGGAGAGAAAGAGAAACGGAGAGAGAAAACGAACGUACGAGGCUACGACCUAUAUUGUGACUGCUCUCUAUCUCGGCUCGUCCGGUUUUUCAUAAAUAAAUUACGAUCGAAGAGCGAGCUAAGAGAGAGAGAGAGAGAGAAGGAAGGGAAAAAGGACGAGACGAAGCAAGUGGGAUUUCUCGAAAAAUUCUCGGGAUGGCGUUUCUUCUCGAACGGGACGAAAAGGAGAGCUAAGAAAGAAAGAAAAAAGGAAAGAAAGAUAACACGAGAGCAGUUUGUACGACAAUAAGGUAUCGAUUAGUUAAUCAGAGACGAAAUAAUGUAAAAUACAAAUGCAAAGGCAGGUAUAAUACAUUAUUAUUAUUAUUAUAUUUAUUGUAACGCGCGAGUUUUCGCGGCGUGUACGCGCAAGUGAUCUGCUGCUGGUCCACCCUCCGGAUGUAGAGGGGAGAGUGGAGAACGGCAGUCGCAGUUGGCGCUGAGGACGACGUGUCGGAGCUCCGGUCGGAAAUUCGGGGAAAAAAAAGCAGUCGGCGUGGACGAAGGACGACGGCGUAGAGAUGACAGAGGGAAAGAUUCACGUGGAAUAAACGCGCGUUUAAAAACAAAAAAAAGAAAAAAAGAACAAAUCACGAGUGAGGCGUCGAUCGCGCGCGCGCCUCGUUGUCAUAAUCCGUUCCUCAGGAAGAGAAGAGGAGCGAAGGAAGAAAGGGGUCCUGUCGCGAGGAUAGUCUCGUCCACCGAAGAAUUGCGAUUGACACCUCAAGCCCCGAUGGGUCGGCCGCGUCAUGAAAUGACGGCAGUUCGAUCGCGCGAUGUCCGAAGAAGAUACAUGAGGGCGUGUUUAAUAUCUUCGUCGACAGUGACAAUGUUACGAGCGAGAGGUCCGGGUUUGGGGUGUUAACGCCGGCAGGAGAGCGGAAAUCGAUCGGGAGUGUCCAUCGCGUGUGUGUGCGUAUAUAAGUCGAGGGAAAUUGAGGAAAGAGAGAGAGAGAGAGAGAGAGAGAGAGAGAGUGCGUGUGUGUGUUGUGUAUGUGUAUGCGAGAGCGAGAGGGGGUGAAAGGGAGAAAGAGGGCGAGUCAUUAAUUUAUUUAUACGAUUACGUAUAUCCGUUAGUAGAGGCAACCAAGUGUGGUUACACGAGCCCGAGCGACGCUGUUGUUGCGACGGCUCGCGGUUCGUGCCAUUGAAUUUUCUUGCGCGGUCGACGGGCCGACGAUCGAUACUUUGUAAAGAUGACGGGAUCGAACUUCGCGACGCGCAAGGCAUUCCCCCGGCAUCUCCCGCGAGAUCUUGCCCCGCUCCCGCCCGGCGCGAUCCGGAUUCGGCUUACCUCUUUCCGUCGCGAAGAGCCGCGUCGUCGUCUGCGGGGCGAGUGUCCUCCAACGAUCUGAAAUGAAAAAAAUAAAAAUGAGAAACGUGAGUGGGAACGGGGGCGAGGAUUCGAUCCCGGCAUGUGUACCGAGAUGUGUAAUUAUGUAAUAGACACGUACACACACAUAUACGCAUCCGCGAUCGGGGGCCGCGAGAGGAGAGGCGAUUGUAAACUACUGUAAACUACAAUGUUACUACGUUUUACCAAGAGCUUAUUGUAGUCGAGAAUCAUUAAACACACAUGUACACACACAUACAUACACACGUUACACGUACACACACAUGCGCGGACACACAGCAUACACACACACACACACAACAUUAAGUCGUAACAAGAAAAAAAACAAAAGACAACAAUGGUAUUGAGUGUAGCACGAAAAAAAAGAAAAAAAAAGACAAACGUUCUUUACACUUUUGCACGAGACGUGUGUUGUAAACUUAAAUUAAUUAUCAUUGACAUAUGUAAUUAACGUUUUAUUACUUAGCAAUUAAACUUAAUUUAUUUAUGAUUA